AACCAAACUCAAAAAAACACCAUCCACAUGCCAAAUAUAUUAUAUACUAUUCAUAUACUAUAAUAAUAAUUUAUAGUACCUUCCAAAAAUAAUAAUAUUAUAUAGUAGAUGCAGAGUGAAAAUGCCAGAGAAAAACUCUGCAAGUAGUACACUUACAAACAAAAUCAUAAGUUGUGGCUGAGAAAAAUUUAAGCUAUUUUUUUCUUCCAAACACCCCCUUACCGCUUCCUAAAAAGGAAACAUUGCAUUUUUCAAUUCCAUUAAGGAGAGCAACAUUUCUCCUUCUCUUUCACACCAAAAAAAAAAAAUUUACCUUAAUUGGUGCAAAACAAUUCUCAACUUUUUUUCUCUGAAUUUUCAAGCACUAGCUAGCAAAGUGUGAAAAUUGAUCAAGGAAUUACUACUAGCCAAUUAGGAUCCAUGCUAGCUGUGUCACCAUUAAUGUGUAGCACAAGAGAUGAAAGCCAAAGAGAAAUGGAGGAGAAUUUAUCAAUUGGAACAUGUGAUUUUGCUGAUCUUUCCGAAGGAAACUUAUUGGAAAGCAUCAAUUUCGAAUUCGAUGAUGAUUUCUUCGUAUGCUUUGACGAUGGAGAUGUGUUACCGGAUCUUGAAAUGGACCCGGAAAUGCUUGCUGAAUUUUCCCUCAGCAGCGGUGAGGAAUCGGAGAUGAAUUCAUCGGUUACAAUUGCGAAUAGCAAAUCUUUUGAUGAUGGGAAUAUAGUUAGUAUUGAGAAAAUAAUUCAAGAUGAUGAGAAAGUAGGUUCUUCUUCAGAUUCGGGUUCGAGCCGCAUGGAGGAAAUUGUUAGCAAAAGAGAUGAAUCUGUGGUGGUGAAUCCAUUGCCUAAGGGUGAGAAAGGAAGAAAAUCAUCAUCUCAAUCAAAAAAUAAUCAUCAAGGGAAGAGAAAAGUGAAGGUGGAUUGGACCCCAGAAUUGCAUAGAAGAUUCGUACAAGCAGUGGAGCAGCUAGGUGUGGAUAAGGCUGUACCUUCAAGAAUUUUGGAAAUUAUGGGAAUUGACUGCCUCACCCGCCAUAACAUUGCUAGUCACCUUCAAAAAUAUCGAUCGCAUAGGAAGCAUUUGCUAGCACGCGAAGCUGAAGCAGCAAGUUGGAGUCAAAGAAGGCAAAUGUUUGGAACAAGUAGAGGAGGAGUAGGAGGAAAGAGAGAUAUUGUGAAUCAUCAUUGGGUUGCACCAACCAUGGGUUUUCCUCCCAUGACACCAGUACACCAUUUUAGACCUCUACAUGUAUGGGGUCACCAUCCUAUGGAUCAGUCCUAUAUGCACAUGUGGCCUAAAUAUUCGCCGCACCAGCCAUCAGCUAAUUGGGCGGCACCUCCACAGGCAGCUCUGCCUCCUAAUGCUUCGUAUUGGCACCAACGAGCUCCAAAUGCACCAACCGCAGGAACACCGUGUUUUCCACAGCCUCUGACAACAACGAGAUUCGUCUCUCCGGCUAUUCCAGGCAUUCCACCACCCCAUGCGAUGUACCAAGUAGAUCCCGUUGUUCUCGUCCCUGGCGGUCAACAAUCUCCUCCGCCUCUAUUAGACUUCCAUCCGUCAAAUGAGAGCAUAGAUGCAGCAAUUAGUGAUGUAUUAUCAAAACCAUAUUUACCAUUGCCACUUGGCCUUAAAGCUCCAGCACUUGAAGGUGUGAUGGGUGAAUUACAGAGACAAGGAAUUCCAAAAAUUCCACCCUCUUGUGCUUGAACAUAUGCAAAAGGCAACGAAACCCUAAUUCGUCGAAUUUUCAUAUUCUCACUUCUUUUUGUCUGUUUGAGCAAAAAGAGUGAAGGACAAUAAUUAAUAUUAUAUAUAUAAUGAAAACUUUCUUUGUUCAUAUUUCUAUAUCAAGCUAAUAGACCAGCACAAAACGUUUAACUCGAGCUUUUGUUAUAUAUUACUAAGCUAGUAUAUAUAACCUAAUGCCAAAUGUGUGAGAGAGAGAUUAUAAGGCUGUAAUUUUUGUAUUGGCCAAGGAAGAUGAUAUUAUGAGAUUAAUAAUAAUGAUAUUAUGAGACUAAUAUUAUA